GGUUUCUUAUAACACACUUUUAGUAACGGAAUGGGGAGCUGUAUACAAUGUUACGCUACUGUCAGACUACUGGAAAGGCGCUGGAAAUUUGGUAUUGUAUUUAAAGUUUGCAGGUGAAAAAACGUGCAGCCCGUUCCCCUUUGUGGCAAAAGUUCUUCUUUCGUUGUACCUUUUUUGCUCUUAUGCUGAGUGGACAUGGGUGUAAAAGGAUUACAGUGGUUUGUAGAAAAUGCCUGUCCAAAUGCAUGUGUAGAGGUGGAUUUAAAGGAAGUGGCAGAACAGAUCAAGUGCAGUAAAGCUGGACAGACACCCACCCUUGUUGUUGAUGCGAUGGCAUGCUUGCGGCACUGGUACACACCUGAUGCUUGGGUUCAUGGUGGUCAGUGGAGAGAGUAUCUUCAGAAGUUAAAACAAUUCAUUGAGGCAUUCAGUGCAGGUGGAAUCAGAUUGGUGUUCUUUUUUGAUGGCGUAGUGGAGUUGAAAAAAAGGCAGGAAUGGGUAAGACGUAGACUUCAUAAUAACAAAGAAAUAUCCAAGAUCUUUCAGUUCAUAAAAGCUAAUGGGCAACAGCCAGGAAGGGCAAUGUUUUUCAUUCCAUCAGGACUGGCUACAUUUACACGUUUUGCUUUAAAAUCACUUGGACAAGAUGUUGUCUGUUCACUACAAGAAGCAGAUUAUGAAAUAGCCAGUUACGCCCUUGAGAACAAUUGCAUGGGUAUUCUUGGACUUGAUUCAGACUACCUAAUCUACAGUACUGCCCCAUACUACUCUAUCAGCAAGUUGCAACUCAGCAGACUACUCACUGUAAUGUUUUCUAGGGAACAUAUUUGCCACUCCCUUCAUCUCAAAAUGCAUGAUCUUCCACUUUUGGCCUGCCUUCUUGGUAAUGAUGUAGUACCAGAAGGCGUGUUUGAAGGGUUUAGACGCAAGUGUCUGUCUUUAUACCAACCGAAACAACAGAGCUCCACUCAGAAGACUGGUGUCAUUUCUGCUGUUGCUCAGUUUAUAUCAGACAUUCCCCGCUGUGGUGAGGAAUAUAGAUAUCUUGAGAAGGCAUUACCACCUGGAUCUGACAAAAAUAUUCUGGAAAAAGGACUGGAGUCAUAUCUUCUGCUUGAUCAGCAGUCACCAUGGUUAUAUCACAGGCAUUCAGAUUCUCUGGCAGUACCUGAUAACCACAGGCAAGGAUGUGUAGAAAGUGACAUUUUUCAGACAGCCAGAGAGCAGCAUGUCCGAGCAGAAGGUUUCAUGGUGUACAACGUGCUGAGUGCUGGAGAAGUGGAGUGCAGUAAUACAUUGGAGGAUGAAUCAGAUACAGAACUUCCCGGACAAGCAGUCGUUUAUCUACCUGCUCGCCAGCACAUUUAUGCUGUUCUCUUGGGUACAGGCCAAGGUAUGUCUGCAUCUUAUCCAUCAGUGAAAGAAUGGUUCGUUUACCCUGGUAAUUUGUUGAAGGAAGCAGAACUAGUACAAGCUGUACCUUUGAACCUUUCAGGUGGCACACCAAACUUAAGAACACUGUGGCUUUCAGAGGGGCCUGAAACAAAUAAGCUGCGCUACCACACAUUUCUGGCGUGCUUUAACAUUCAGGAUCUGGCAGAAGAACUCCAAAAUCUAGAAGCAUCAACACUUGGUGUCUGCUGCCUUUUGAUAUAUCUUGCAUUGCAGGUCCAUAGUUUGUCCAUGGAAGACUUUGAUGCAUUUUUAGCUCAAGCACUCACUAUUCGGGAAAAGUCUGCCAGACAGCUUGCAGGAAUACAGCUUGCAUCUGUAGAUUCUAGAGCUGUGCAGCUGGGUUCUCUUUUUGUCCGUGGUUUAACCACAUUGAUUGCAGCCAACAGUGCCUGUGGAUUUCCAUUUAAGAUGGCUGACUUUAUGCCUUGGGAGGUGUUUGAUGGGAAAUUAUUUCAUCAGAAGUACCAGCAAUCUCACAAAGGAUGCACAACAAAGGAACUUGUAGAAGGCAAUGAAGAUAUCCAUACCCUGUUUCUGAAACUGAAAUCUGUUCUUAACAAUGCAUGUAGUAUGAAGAACAGACCAAUUCAGAGCAAUCGACGGGGGUCUACUUUUUCAGCUGAAGCACCAGUAAGACAAGGAAGAGAUGGUGCAAACCAAAGAGGACGUGGCUCCCAUUUCCAAAGAGGGCCGAAGAUGUAUGCUGCAUCAGCUUACCAUGAUCAGAGUACUGGACAUCAACAAAGAGGUCACCAGGCUCAUUCAUUUAGGCCACAGUCUCCUUAUUCAGGCAGAGGAUACAGACAAGGAUUUAGCACUCACAACAGAAGUGGAGACCACUUCAGUCCCCGAUGGCCUGGAUAUCAAAGUCCUCACCCCGGAUGGCAGUGAAUGUUUUCCUGCUGUAUGAAUAGUGUUUUUUUUUAAGUUAUGAAAUGGUUUGUGUAAAUACAUUAUUGUACCCUGGCAUGUAUUGAAAGAAGAACACACAAGGCAGGUGGUAAU